GUCAUAUUUCCUUGCCACAUAAUAAUGGCCAAGUUUUAAGUGUUUCUGACGAAAAUAUUUACUUUCUGCCUGAACAAUUUAUUAAAUUUGCUCUUUACGAUCUACAAUCUUUUUAAUGGAAUAUGGCCGAGGCACCUAGUGAAGCUUCUGGAGUUCCGUAUAGUAGAAACGACGUGAAAGCUGAGGAAAUUCCUUCCACAAAUGUUCGUUCUAAUUUGGCCGAACUGGAAUUGCAGGCUGCACAGGUACUAAACAGGUUAGAAUAUGUAAAAGUUGCUCAGGAACAACAGCAGCAAAGCCCUAUGCAGAUACCUGUUUCUCCAGGGUUCUUACAGUUGGACAAGAAACCGACCGCUGAAGUGCUCGCUAGUUUGGAAACCUUGGUUUCCCAGCUGGAUAUAGAAGAAGAACCAGAGUUUGUGCUUCCCCCACUCGAUGAUCCCUCUCAGUUGGCUGUAAUCACACAUUCAAUAGCAGCUUACUUGUCGGCACUGGAAAGACAGCACUUAAAUCGUGUUGUUUCCAAAAUUGCGACUGAUACAAAUCGCUGGAUGAGUCAUAUGUUUAGAUGCACAGACUCGAGUACUAACUAUUAUCGAGACAGUGCUGAGUGCAUUUUGCAUGCAGUACGAAUAGCGAUAACGAAUCGCUUUUCAGAGACUUUGGAAAACCGCUUAGCUCUGCUACAAAAUGCUACACUCUAUAUUUCUGAAACCAGUUCAUUAUUUUCGCUUCAAAACGCUGUUCGUUAUAUUGGGCUUGCCGUAAGCAAUAUCCGUAUUGUUCCCUGCAACUCUACAUUCGGCGCCCGUGGCACGAUGGAUGUAACGGAAUUGCAGAAAAUUAUAAAUGCUGAUAUUGAGGCGGGCAAAAUACCGUUAUUUUGCAUAGCGGAUUUGGGUUCGUCAGUUUGCGGAGAAGUGGACAAUUUGGCAGCUAUUAGGAAUGUCUGCAGUCAGAACAAUACGUGGCUGCACUGCCAGGGCCAUUGCCUAGCUGCCCUGGCAGUCACAAAGGGAACAUUAACAGGGGUUAAAUCCGUUCCUGAUUCUAUGAGCCUGAACCUAGGAAACUGGCUAGGUAUCACAGGGAUACCGUGCGUGUUGAUAUACCGACAAAUUUCGGCUAACGCACAGACACUGUUUGAUGUUGAUCCAAUUUUGUCAAAUCGGUUAUCUUCUAUCAGUCUGUGGACUGUAAUGCAAACGAUGGGUGUUGAUUCCAUCAGUGAACGAAUUUUUAUGGCUUUCGAUUCUUGCCGGCAAGUUUACGAAAUGCUAAGUAGAAUGGAGGGCAUUAGAAUAUUGAGUAAAGCCCCCCGCCAGGAAGCGGGAAAAUCUUUUCGUGCAUUAUUAAAUAACCCGAUUAAUUAUUGUAUUCUCUUCGAGACUGCCGUCCCUGUAGUGGUAUUUCAAUUUGAUGGAAGCUACAGUGACGGUGAUACAAUAGAAGGUGUUGGUUAUCUUGCUGCUGCUUGCAAUGGCAAUGGACAAGUUACUGAAAUUCAAACGAACAAAGAAGAACCGAAAAUAGGAAGGGAUCCCAUUAAACGAUCGAUUGAAAAAGUAGCUAAUUCCUCGUACUAUGAUCGAUUGAACAGUUGGCUAGGGCAGAUUUUGCUGCGCGAUUGCGCCCAGCUUAAUUUAGAAAUUAUUAACCACCCUGAGUAUGGCACAUGCAUACGAUAUUCCCCAUUCGCUCUUGGUUAUGGAGAGAUGCUACCUUUAACCGAAGUAAUAGAGAACGUUGCACAGUUUAUUGAGGCACAAAUAGAAAUACUGAUGGCGACUGUGAAGCAUAAGAGCCGUUUCAAUACGCUUGUAGAGGAGAGCCCUGUACUGCGGCUAAUCGAAUUGAACGAUUGGGCCGGUCUCGGUAGUGUACAUUAUGUACCAGAAGGCUGGGAGACAUUGCUGACUGAUCAGGCUAAAACGGAGCUUAACAGGCUUAACUCUGCCUUGGUUGACAUGUUGAAGGCUCAUGAUGGUGCAUUUUCGUUAGGCGAAGGAAGUGACGGACUUAUUUGUGUGCGGUUCGGUAUGGUUACCAGCGAAACCGAUGUGGAGGAACUACUAGACCUGGUGAUUCAAACAGGCCAAAAAAUACAGGAAAAUUCGAAAAUACUUGACACCAUGUCAGAAAUUUUGAAAAAAGGCAUUGAAGCCGCUACCAAUGACCUGCAGCGGGAGGCCGAAGAGAAGCUUUGGCAGGAUGGUAUACUUCGACAGGUUCCUUUGGUAGGACGGGUCGUAAACUGGUGGUCACCACCAAUAAAGGAAUCGGGCAUGAAAGGAAGGAGCUUAAAUUUGACACAGGGAGUUGUAGAGAGCACAGAAAAUAUCUACAAGUAUCAUAUGCAAAUGACAGCCAAACCUAACCAGCUGCCGGGAAAUAAGAAUCCACCAACACCAUUGGUGCAAACUCCGAUAAGUGCAGAUAGUAAAAGUUUACAUUCCAGAAAUGCCAGUUCCAGCAGCCAACAGUCCAGUGGAGCAUUGUCCCAACAACAGCAGCAACAUCAACUAACCGUUGAUGCGUCUUCUGUAUGAAGUGAAUGAAAAUAGUCAGAAAUAAUGAAUGGUAAGACAUUUUUACGAUUAACUGUUGACAGUUUCUGUGAGUUAUUAUUAACCAAAGGCAUCAAUAUCCAUCUUCGCGAAAAAUCUAGUUUAGGUGAUAAUAAUAUAGUGAAAUAUCGUAAGCAACUAUAAUUGAAACAGAAGUGUAGUAUAUGGUUUCCUAUUUUUAAAUCAAAUAUAAUGUGCAACAACACAAUACAAUCCUUAAUUUAUUAAAGUUUGUAGCACAGAACGAAUAAUAAAACUAUUUUGGCACAAGUGUUAGUAA